CGACCAUGGACGACUACAACUACUACACGAUAUCGCCCAGGUUGGAUGACUACACCACUCCCGCCCAGUUGGAUGACCCGGAAGGUUGGCUGCAGGAAAAUGACAACCAGACUCAUCCCAGCAACGACACCUUCAAUUUUAUUGUGAUUGACGACCCCAACGACCUUCAUUAUCCCUGGAAGAUCAUCCCGUUCUUCUACCUGCACCUCACCACCUACCUGGUCACCCUCGUCUUCGGCAUCAUCGGCAACGUCGCCGUCAUCGUCCUUAUGGCAGGUGACCGUAAGUCCCGCAACACGACCAACAUGUUCCUGGUGUCUCUGUCAGUGGCCGACCUGCUCAUGUUACUUCUCUGUGUACCUCUCAAGAUCGUCUACUUCUUCGUGGUGCUGUGGGACUCUGGCGGUGCUGCCUGCAAGAUUGCCAACUACUUCAUGAUGCUCUCCUUCACCGCCAGUGUCCUCAACCUCACUGCCGUCAGCUUAGAGAGGUUCAUCGUGAUAGUGUUCCCGAUGAGAUCACGUUCCCUGUGUACGAUGAGCAACUGCCGCCGCUCUGUCCUGUUCGUGUGGGUGGUGUCCCUCCUGCUGGCCUGCCCUAUCACCAAGGUCAUGGACAUCGACACGGUCAUGUACACGGACCCGUCACGGAGUGUGUGGGUGACGGCUUACUACUGCAAGCAGUUGGAGUCCCUGGUGUUCCUGACUUACCAGCUGUUGGUGCUGUUCGUGGUCCCCGCCCUCCUCAUGAUCAUCUUCUACACCUUCGUCAUCAGGGAGCUCUGGCGGUCCACCAAGAACAUCAAGGCUCUCACCAAUGCAGCCAGGAGCGGCGGGGCAUCCGGUUCAGAAAGCUACUACCUGCGGGUGACGGGGGGAGAGUCCCUGGGAAUGGGCGCCAGGAAUGGGCGUCUGGGCGGAGGGGACUCAGCUUACAACAGCUCGGCCUCGCUCUAUGUGCCCUACUCUGCCACCAGGUCCCGCACGCCCUCCCCCGGUGGCCGACACGUGGCCAAGAAGCACCGCGAGAAGGGCGAGGACGUCAAGAAGGCCAGGAAGCAGGUGAUCAAAAUGUUGAUCGUGGUAGUGGUGUUAUUCCUGCUGUGUUGGGGACCGAGGAUCGUCAUGGAGAUCUGCAUCAACUUGGGACUCCGACAGUUUAACCAGGUGUUCUACAACUUCAACAUCGUGUUCAUCUUGUUGCCGUUCAUCCAUUGCUGCAUCAACCCCAUCAUCUACUGCUUCAUGUCAAAGAACUUCCGACGCUCUAUGAAGAAGCGCCUGGAGGACUCCUCGUGCGGGAGGUCGUGCGCGUGUCGUUGCUGCUGUCGCCGUCGACGACCCCCGCCCAGGAACCUGCUCAACCGGGUGGUCACCAGGAGCAUUUACUCAUCGUAUUCCCCGGAGGGCACUACCCGACACACUGACCUAGAGACUGUCUCCACUAUGUAAACGUUCCCAUCCCUCUCCUCUACCUUCCUCAACCUUCUCUACUUGUCCCCUACUCUACAGUACUGUCAUAAGGUCUUCUUCAUGUACUUCUACUUUCAUUCUACCUUACUGUAAAUUCCUUUUCAAACCAAACCUAAUUCUACAGUAGCGCUUUCACUGUAUCACAAUUUUUUUACCCAAACUAAUGCUCAUUAGUCCUGUUCGG